CCGAUCCAGACCGCACCAACGCCAACCAAAACCAACAUCUCCAAAACCUCCUACAACUCAGCCACAGUCAACAUUGGCAAUGAUCCCUCCUCAAAGCCGAUAGAAAUAACCACCUAAUGUGCGCCAUUCAUUCACUUCCCUUCCUAAAUGGCCGUCCCUACGCCCCUGUUUCCGCCGCCGCCAGCUUCAGCCUCCGAUCCCGCUUCGAUUCCAGCCACAACACCAGUACAUGACCAUUCGUCUGGGAAUCAUGAAUAUGAGAACUACACUGGAAGCCAUAGCAGCGGAAACAACAGCGAUGAAAAUGUUCCGCACGGGUUGAGUAACGGAGUUCAUGUAGAUAUGACGGAAUCUUUGAACAAAUCUACAACCACGGAAAUGAACACGCGACGGGACGGUUCAACGCCUUCAAUACCGGAAAUCCCUCCUUCAGCGCGAGCAGAUAAAAUGGAAGCUAUCGCUGAGGAUCCUGUGUCUACAACUGCAGUGGAGGACAAAGACGAACAAGGACAGCAAACAGGAUCGGAAUUGCGCGCCAAGCGGUCUCGUGCGCGAUCGACGACGAGUUUACUGGACGGUCCUUCGAUUUUUCAGCCGCAUACCGUGAACCGGGACACCAGUAGGAUGGGUCGCAGCAGCAGUAACGGGAAUUUGGACAUUCCGUUGUCUCCUAAGGGUACGAUGAAAGCGACAGAGAACGCUCAUGUCCGUCGUGGAUCAUCGGGGGAGGACAUUGAAGGGCCCGGGGCGGUUACACCGCAACGAAACCAAGACAAGGACAAAGAAAGAGAAAGAAUACUGAAGCUAUCGCCGUCGAGGAUCCACGAGCUCACGUCGUCACCGCAGUCAAUUCCGCUUCGCCCAGUUCCCGAGGCUUCGCCGGAGUAUGGUCGACGGGUUAUGUCUGAUAACACGUACACGACGGUUUCGCGGUCGGUGCCCGGCGAUGGGAUGGCGCCGCCGCAGCUACAGCUUCCGGCUGAUUUGAGGAUAUCGACGGAUAUUGCUAAGAUUCGGGGUAGUAAGGAUCUUCAUCUAGAUGAAUUGCCGGAAGCGUUGAGUCCGGGAACGAGGCCGGUGUCUUCUUCGUCGCGCAACGGGCGGCCACAUGUGCCAAGGACGGUUUCUACUCCGUUAGCAUCGUCGUCGCAGCGACAGAAGCCCGCUUCUUCGAAUAAUGAACGUCUGGCGCAGACCUGGUCGUCACGCCCCAGACAGGAUCGACCGUCUAUAACUCGCAUGGAACAACCUGAACCCAAACAUCACCAUAAUCAUAAUAAUCACGGCCUCGCGCCACCACCUCAGCUAGCGGAGCCGGCUCUCCCAUCUCCUAUGCCUCAAUCUAUACCCCUUCCGCCUGUGUCGAUACCUACAUAUUUGCAACUAGAGCUUGCAUCUGGCCGGCCGUCACCACUGUACAUUCAUCAUUCCGCUACGUCCGACUUUCCAUACGAGUCUGCGCGGGUGAAACUCGAACGAUUGGUCAAUUUUCUAAUGCUCCCUCCGGCAGUGGAGCAGGUGCUCUGGUUUGGGCUUCUGGCAUGUCUUGAUUCAUGGCUUUAUUCAUUUACGAUACUCCCUCUGCGUUUUGUCAAAGCAUUAUACAUUCUACUGGAAUCAUGGGUUCUGAAUCUCGGCGUUGAAUUCCGGUAUAUCUCAGGGUUUGUUUAUAAUGGUGUUGGUCGGGUAUGGCGGCGGAGGAACAGGGCUGCUUCUAUUUCUGCUAGCUCUGAACCACAGCGCAGUCCGGAGCUCGAUGGGAGAUUCCGAACAAAACAAGAACAGGCUAUUGAGCGAGAGUCGCGCCCUAAAGCACCGACGGAGCCGCGACGGCGGCAUCGGACUGAGACGCAUCGGCAUCAUCGCCGACAGAAGUCCAUUCCAUCUGCGCUACUCCCGGAUGAUAAGGCAGAUAUUUUGAAAGGAUUGCUUAUGAUUGUGACGUGUUGGGUGCUUAUGCGGUUCGAUGCGAGUCGGAUGUACCAUUGGAUCCGUGGGCAGGCGGCGAUCAAGCUUUACGUGAUCUACAACGUCCUCGAAGUUAGUGAUCGGUUGCUUGGUGCUAUAGGUCAGGAUGUGCUAGAGUGUUUGUUCUCGAGGGAGGCACUGGAGCGCAGGCCAGAUGGACGGAGUAAGGUGUUUCGUCCGUUUGGGCUGUUUCUGCUCGCGCUGGCGUACACGGUGAUUCAUGCGACUGCGCUGUUCUACCAGGUCAUGACGCUGAACGUUGCGGUGAACUCGUACUCCAAUGCGUUGAUCACGCUACUACUAUCCAACCAAUUCGUGGAGAUCAAAUCGACUGUGUUCAAGAAAUUCGAGAAAGAGAACCUCUUCCAACUCACCUGCGCCGACGUGGUCGAGCGCUUCCAACUCUGGCUGAUGCUCACGAUCAUCGCCUCCCGCAACAUCGUCGAAACAGGUGCUUUCAACUUUGUCGGCAGCCUAGGCUCAACUUGGAGUAUCAGUGGCAACUCCUCAACAAGCACAAACAGCACCCCUCUCUCAACGCCACCCCGGACAGCAUCUUCCAUUCUCCCGCAGUCUUUCACCAUUCUGCCUUCAUCUCUAAUUGCAUCUUUCAGCCAAGUAAACACUUUCCUCCCGAGUCUCCUACAGGUUCUCGGCCCAUUCCUCGUCGUCCUAGGCUCAGAAAUGCUAGUCGACUGGCUCAAACACGCCUACAUCAACAAAUUCAACAAUGUCCGACCAAAUAUCUACGGCCGCUUCCUCGACAUCCUAACAAAGGAUUACUAUACAAACGCCUUCGGCGACCAGAACCUCACCCGCAGACUCGGCCUCCCCGUCAUCCCACUAUCCUGUCUCUUCUUCCGCGUCUCGGUCCAAACAUACAAAAUGUUCCUCGCCGCAUCACUACCACAACAACCCUCCUCAACAAUGCAAGCGACUUCUCUCUCUUCGAUACAUAAUCACUAUGCACCGGCACCAAUUCAAUCAGCACCACCACUUACGCUGAAAACAAUUGUCCCGUCCUCCAUGGCACAUAUAAGUAAUAUCUUCCGCAGCGUACUAGCAAACGCAAUGCCCACACCCGCGCAAUCAGUCUACAUAUUCACCGUCAUCCUGUUAAUCACCGUCUUCCUCGUCCUCCUCAUCUUCAAACUCCUCUUGGGAAUGGGUCUCCUCGCGUACUCCCGCAGACGGUAUCAGGGCAUGAAACUUGCUGAAUACGAGCGUAACCACCCCCACGCUCACUCUAGCCCUCAUAACGGCAUCCAGCCCCCGUCAAUCACCACCGACCCCGUGUCUCAGAAAGGCCGCGGCUACGCAGUCGAAGGAAGUAAACGCAUCGGCGGCUGGGGUGUCGUCGAAGUCGGCGAAGAUAGACGCCGUUGGGUAUAUGCUGAUGAUCCCGAGGGGUUGAGGAGAGUGCGCGCGUAUGAAGAGAAGGAGGUGAAGAAGGGUAGUGAGGAGGGGAGUUUCGAUCAUGUGCAGAGGUAUGAGAUGGUUGCCAAAAGGAUUUGGUGAUGGUUUUUUCCAGCCAUGUGAUUCUUGACAGACGUGUGUUGAAUGCUUGUGAUACCAUGAUUGUAGCAUAUGUAACUGCAUAUAUUGUUAUUUGUUAGCAUUAAUAGUAGGUAUUAGUACAUAAGCAGACUGAAAUAGAAUAGCUUAGUGGGUCAGCUGAACUCCGCCCUACAUGGAUACCCCGUGUUAUAGUAAAAAAGAAAUUUGGAAC